AUGGGGGCCUCACAGUCAAAACGGGUGAGUAGCUUUCUUGUUGAUGGUCUGAUAAAGGGGAUGAAGCCUGUGUCUGUCAUAUCCCUGACAUCAUGACGAGAUCUUUUUGAUCAGUUGGCCACAUUCUGUUGCGUGUACAGUCUUUGAACUAAGUCUAUAUGACAACAGAAGCAUGGCAAUACGGCAAUCUAUAAAGCAAUCUCUCGAGAGGCAGAGGUGUUUCUGAUGGCUGACAACUGUGGAAUAUUCAUCUGCUGGGGGCUCUUGGAAGCUUAACCCUCAGCUUUUCUUAGAAAUACUAUAUGACCUUUUUAUUUGGGCUUAAUCGUUUCAUCUUGACUGCUUCUAAACUGAUGAGUGGAUGGGCUUUGUGUAGUAUGAAUGAUUAAGUAAGUAUAAUGGUUUAAAUCUGAAAUGAACAACAUACUGUAUAUUAGACCUCAGGGCUGGCCCAAGUCAUUUUGCUUCCUGAAGUGAAGGACAAGAUGCCAUCCCUUCUAUUCCAGGAACAGCAGCCACCCAGCCUGGCCACUGAAUCUUUCUUGACCACUGGGGAUGGAACAGGCACCAUAUGGGGUACAGGGCAGGCUGUACUCCCUAUAGCUGCACCAUUUCACUAUUAGAGCUUCAUUAGGGGCUAAGUACUCCUCCCACUGGUGUCCUACAGUGUGAGAGCAAAUACAUUUUUUUUUUAAUGUGAGCACCAACAAGGCUGCUUCUGCCUUAGAAGCAAUUUCUCUUUAUAUUUCCUCUCCUCCUCUGUCUCCUGUUUCUCCCUCUCAUGAGUGCCUCACCCCAUAGUCGCCUUUGACUGGACUUAACCGUCCAGGGGUCCUUUACCUUUACCCUCCUCUAGCACUGACCCACACAUUUCUCUUACAUUUAAUGAAAAGCCAAGAUAGGGAAUAAACGUAUUGUUCGAUUGUUAUGCUACUCACAGAAAGACUAAACCCUCCAUUACAUCUGGACUAUGUAGAGGAUGUGGCAUCUCACACACUAGAAAACGGUGCUGUCAUAUUUCUCAGAAAUGCAAAAGAUGGGAACUGUUGUUCACCCACAGUGCAGAUGGACAUAGUGUCAUACACAUGCUUUGUGUUAAUCCUCUGGUAACCUCUCUUCAACACAGGGCUGUUAUGGUGCAAAAAGUAAUUGUGUCAGACCUGUCCUGUUACACACAGGUGAAGGAAACAGUUCUUGCCCCCGCAAAACAACCUCCUGCAGGGAUAAACUCCUAGAUUAUACUGUACUUAAUCCUGCUUCUAUGUCUAGUCAUCAUUUUCACUCUUACGUUGAUCCACUGAACCUAUCCCCUUUCCUCUCCACAGCUACCUAACCAAAAUCCUAAUUGAAAAGGAUAAGGUAGAUCUGCCAGAAAGGCUACUUUUAGAGAUGGUUUGUUCACACUUCAGCUGAAGCAAGAUGAAACUUUGUAUUUCUUAGGGCUUGCUCAAACUGUCGCUUAAUGUGGGUAGUAAGUUUCCUGUACCUCCAUGAAUUCUCCACCAUCCAUAGGACUAUCUCCGUAUCACUUCCUUCCCACAAGUUCCCCUCCCUCAACCUGGAUUUGCUCAUAGGAAUGCUCUGAAAAGGAGAGGGUAUGAAAAAAUCCAGAUCAAGGGAGGGGAAAGUGUGGGAAGCAUAACAUCAUAUGGACAAUGGAGAAUUAAUGAGGGCACAUUAUCCACAUAAAGCAACAGUAUGGAUGAGCUUUUAAUCGGCGCAGAGCAAAGCAACACUGAUCAACAUUUCAAUAAAAGGGGAGAGAUUGGGUCUAAAGGCAGAAGGAAUACUGAUGAAGCUGCAUUUAUGUUCCUGAACUUCAUAGGCAUGGAGAUGAUGGUUUUGAGGACAACUUUAAAGCAGCUGAGCUAGUUUUCCAGGGAAAGAGCCACAUCAGGUGAAGGGGAGCAGCACAUGCUAUUCUUUAAGCAUAACUGCUAAAACGUGGCAUCUAAGAAAUCCCUAACAGGAAUGUUUGUCUUUUCCCUGAAUGAUGCAUUCAAUCUGCUGCUGCUGCAGUACAUUCCUCUAGCAAAUGUGUUGUCUUUGGAGAUUUAAACCUGUAAGGAUCAGGCAGGGCCAACCCUACGAUUAGAUGGAGGGAAGCAGCUGUCUCAGGUAGUGAAUGCAACUGCCCCACCCCCAAUUGCUCCUGAACCCCCCCCCCCCAGCCAUUUCUCCCAUCCUCCUGAACUGACACUCUGGCAGUGGCCAGCAGUCUCACCUAGUUAUCUCCCAGUGCAGAGCCUUGACCUAGCAAACAGGAAGAGAGGCAGCCAGCCCAGGCUACACACCCCAGUAGGCACUAUGUUUGUGAAUGCAUUUCUUGACACACAUGACUGAUGCUGAGGCAUCCUUUGUCUGAGCAGGCAGCAAAUGGGUACCAGGCAGGGCAGUGACUGAACAGGCAGCAGCAAGGUUUUGGAGGACAGAGCAUGCUCUGAGCUAGCCUGUUGCCCUCAGUUUCAAUGGUGGACACUGCCUCACCACAAGUGUUGAAGUAAGAUUUGACUGCCUGUCUGGUCAGCUUCUCUAUGGUGGAAUAUGUGGUGGGGAGAUUGUAUGUGUUAUCAUAUCCUUUGCCUCAGGCAGCAAAAUGUAUUGGACGGGCCCUGGAUAUGUGUUAGGGAUGUUCUGCUUUGCCCGCAGCUCCAUAUGAUUAGGAUGUAGAAGAAAUAGAGGUUGGUUUUGUCUGACCUGCUGAAAGUCUAUGUGCAGGUACAUUAACAGAAGUACUCAUUUGCUCCUCUGUAAGACCAUGCAGGGGAAAAGUAAUGAGGAUGCCAGGGCAGAAGCUCAGAACGCUCUUGUAUAAUGCCCCCCCCCAUGUGUUGUUAGUAUCUUCUCAGUGUCCAUUAAAUGCCUGGGAACAGGCAGGGUAGGCCUGCUGGCAUCUAUGCCAUUAUAAUAGUCUUGCAUUGUUUACUUUGGAUGAGGCGGCCACAAACCUGAGCCUGACAGAUGACAGGCUAAUCAGCAGUGGCUUAAAAGGGAAAUCUCAUCGGAGAUGGAAAACCUAAUCUUUCAAAGCUGCACAGAGAGACCGAGGGAUCCAGAAUAGCUUCAUCAGGUUGAGAUGAUCCUGUGUGAAUGAUCAGAGCAAAAUAGAAGAGUUGGGCAAAUUAAUGUCAUACAGAAAGUAACAUGGGGUUAGGAAAAUGCACAGGCACCAGACGUAUGGCAGCCUAUUAGCACUGUGGAUGACGGAAAAGCUUGAUUUGCAAAGGAAGGAAGGUCUAUGAGCGGCAGCUGGGUAUUCCAGAGCCAGAAGCGAACUGUAGUAUCUGGACUCCUUUCCAAUAGAAGGCAGGCAGGUGAUUAUGAGGGUUAUUCUAAUUUUGGGUUCAGCUAGAGGGUAUGUUAUAGUGACUGGCCCAAAUAUGGUCUGCAUUUUAUUCUGUCUGGCUCCUUUCACCUGCUAAUUUCACAGCACUUUAGUAACAUUGGCAAAGAGCUUUAUUUUUCACAGAGACUUUGGUAUAAAACCUCCAUGCAUUGGCCAGUGAAAGAGCUGGAGAUCGAGCACCAGGCACUGGAGUGUUUCAGCUGUUUGCCUCCACUUGUAUAUUUGUAAACAAACUGCAAUAUUAUAAAAUGUCAUAAGCCUCCCAUGAUCUCCUUUCAAAGGAAACCAAACCAGGGUGAGCACUAUACCCCUGGAACGCAAGUGUGGUGAAAGCAGAAGUGCAAGCAUUUGUUGAUCCAUUGCUUUUUGAAAUGCUGCCUUUUCUGUUCCAGGGUGAAUACAGAACUCAGAAGACCAGUCUGAACCCAGGUAAGAGUAUUUCACAGCAGGCUGGGGGUACCUUCUUCAAUCCAAGGGCUACAUUCUCUUAUGUGGGGAGUGCAUGCCAGUGGUGGGUGUGGCCAAGGAUAAAAGUGGGCAGUGAAGUGCAUGUGGCGUUUACCUUUAUGCAUGGGUGGAGGCCAGCUGUCUGUCCUACAGUCCUAAGCAAAAAGCAGAGGGAGUAGUUAUAAAUAUGGGGAGAAACUAUGCAAGCAUUACGACCUGGGGGGUGGGAAAAUGGGGGUUGUGUUCCUCUUACUCACUGAAUGUAUUAAUUGGCCAUAGCAGCAAAAGUCUGUUGUAUGAUGCAUAGAAGGAUGGCAUCUAUUCAGCCUGUGACUAUUGGAACUUGCCCCAAGUACUCUUUUGGAGUCUAAAGGGUUUUUGCAUAUGAUCAAAAUAAGUGUGCCCCUUUAUUUAGCUUCUUGUUAGCUCUGUGCUAGUGGGGGGGGGGGGCUGCCUUGUUAGAGGUAGGGAAUGCUGGGUGAUUCUCUUCCAGGUCCUUGCCAGUACUGCGUGUGUUCAUUCCGUUCUGUUCAGCUUUUCCAUCACCUUGUGAAACCUUUUCAAAACCCACAUAAAAUUUCCUCUUUUAAAUGUCAUUCACAUGGUCAUUUUUUAAUGGAGUUAUAUAGUGUGGUUGCUGACCUUGAGCCAGACAUCCUGGAAAGUGAAGUCAAAUGGGCCUUAGAAAGCACUGCAAAUAACAAGGCCAGUGGAAGUGAUGGUAUUCCAGCUGAACUGUUUAAAAUUUUAAAAGAUGAUGCUGUUAAGGUGCUACACUCAAUAUGCCAGCAAGUUUGGAAAACUCAGCAGUGGCCAGAGGAUUGGAGAAGAUCAGUCUACAUCCCAAUCCCAAAGAAAGGCAGUGCCAAAGAAUGCUCCAACUACUGCACAAUUGCACUCAUUUCACACGCUAGCAAGGUUAUGCUUAAAAUUCUACAAGGAAGGCUCAAGCAGUAUGUGGACCGAGAACUCCCAGAAGUGCAAGCUGGAUUUAGAAGAGGCAGAGGAACCAGAGACCAAAUUGCAAACAUGCGCUGGAUUAUGGAGAAAGCUAGAGAGUUCCAGAAAGACAUCUACUUCUGCUUCAUUGACUAUGCAAAAGCCUUUGACUGUGUCGACCACAGCAAACUAUGGCAAGUUCUUAAAGAAAUGGGAGUGCCUGAUCACCUCAUCUGUCUCCUGAGAAAUAUCUACGUGGGACAAGAAGCUACAGUUAGAACUGGAUAUGGAACAACUGAUUGUUUCAAAAUUGGGAAAGGAGUACGGCAAGGCUGUAUAUUGUCUCCCUGCUUAUUUAACUUAUAUGCAGAAUUCAUCAUGCGAAAGGCUGGGCUGGAUGAAUCCCAAGCCGGAAUUAAGAUUGCUGGAAGAAAUAUCAACAACCUCAGAUAUGCAGAUGACACAACCUUGAUGGCAGAAAGUGAAGAGGAAUUAAAGAACCUUUUAAUGAGGGUGAAAGUGGAGAGCGCAAAAUAUGGUCUGAAGCUCAACAUCAAAAAACGAAGAUCGUGGCCACUGGGCCCAUCACCUCCUGGCAAAUAGAAGGGGAAGAAAUGGAGGCAGUGAGAGAUUUUACUUUCUUGGGCUCCAUGAUCACUGCAGAUGGUGACAGCAGUCACGAAAUUAAAAGACGCCUGCUCCUUGGGAGAAAGGCGAUGGCAAACCUAGACAACAUCUUAAAAAGCAGAGACAUCACCUUGCCAACAAAGGUCCGUAUAGUAAAAGCCAUGGUUUUCCCAGUAGUGAUGUAUGGAAGUGAGAGCUGGACCAUAAAGAAGGCUGAUCGCCGAAGAAUUGAUGCUUUUGAAUUAUGGUGCUGGAGGAGACUCUUGAGAGUCCCAUGGACUGCAAGAAGAUCAAACCUCUCCAUUCUGAAGGAAAUCAGCCCUGAGUGCUCACUGGAAGGACAGAUCCUGAAGCUGAGGCUCCAAUACUUUGGCCACCUCAUGAGAAGAGAAGACUCCCUGGAAAAGACCCUGAUGUUGGGAAAGAUGGAGGGCACAAGGAGAAGGGGACGACAGAGAAUGAGAUGGUUGGAUGGUGUUCUUGAAGCUAGCAGCAUGAGUUUGAUCAAACUGCGGGAGGCAGUGGAGGACAGAAGUGCCUGGCGUGCUCUGGUCCAUGGGGUCACGAAGAGUCGGACACGACUAAACAACUAAACAACAACAACAUAAACAGUUUAUCAAGGUUUUCAUGGUUAAAUAAUGGUAUAAAUGUGCCCCGGAGUGGUGAAAAAAGAGGUAGCAACCAUAGAUUUCAGGUACUGAAAUGUUCGGUGGUGGAAUUUGUGGUUUCGCCACAUGGGGGUGCAUUUGUAUAAUAAUCUGUGUGGAAGACUUAACAUAACAGAAGUCUUGGUGGACCAUCUGUGACUGACCUGAUGUGUCAUUUGCAUUACAAUGCCAACCCUGUCUUAAAGGAUCUCAGAAAUGGAAGAGCAUUCAAGCCCGCACUUCAACUGCAUGUGAAUUGCCUUGUUCUCAACCAAGUCAUUCAGUAAGCCCCAGGUAUUGAGGAAGAUCUACACCAUGGGUAGGCAAACUAAGGCCCGCAGGCUUAAUUGCCUUCUCAAUCCGGCCUGCAGACGGUCCAGGAAUCAGCAUGUUUUUACAUGAGUAGAAUGUGUCCCUUUAUUUAAAAUGCAUCUCUGGGUUAUUUGUGGGGCCUGCCUGGUGUUUUUACAUAAGUAGAAUGUGUCCUUUUAUUUAAAAUGCAUUUCUGGGUUAUUUGUGGGGCAUAGGAAUUCGUUCAUUUUUUCCCCUUCAAAAUAAUAGCCUGGCCCACCACAUGGUCUGAGGGACGGUGGACCAGCCCACGGCUGAAAAAGGUUGCUGACCCCUGAUCUACACUAUGAUAUGCCUACCCAAGCCAUUUCAUUAACAUUUAGAGAUCUUUCCACAGCUCACUACUGGAAUAGUUAGGGGACAACAUGCCUCAAGAAAACAGCAACGGGAAGACCAACCUAGCCCCACCCACGGACCAGAGAGGGAGCAGCUUCAGUGUGUUAUGACGCUGGGGGUCAGACUCCCCCAACUUCAGUAGGUGAGGCCAGGGAUUCAUAGGGGAAGAGAGAAUGACUCUCUGUGGGGAGAGUGCUGUUGACAUUAGGUCCUACUUUACACAAGUCUGGAACCCUUAAAGAAGAGCAGGUUAAAAAUACUUUCAACAAAUUGAUGCUGAACAGCUUUGUAGCCAAUUUACAGUAUGAAAGCAGAGAGGAAAAUUUGUAAUGAAUUUUCUGAAGGCUUCAAAACUGCUGUCAUGCCAUUAUGUUCCAGAAGGAGACAGCAGAAGCUUUGAGCAUGGUACCUACCAGGCAUCUGAAAGCCACAGGAGCCUCAUUGAGCCUAAGAAACUGCCAAACCCAGUGAGGGAGUCCAAGCACCAUCGGGAGUUGCACCGGGAACUGAUUUUCACUCAAAGGAGGUGAGAGUGUCUUUAAUCCAGGAAUUGCAGUAGUUUAGGCACUAAAGCUUUGAACAGAGAACAUACCAUGCAUUGGCCCCUGAGGUGUACCACAAAAUGGUGCCUCCCUGGCCAGGGAAGAAAAGUUGAGUGAAGAUCUGCAUUGGGAACAAGGCGGGGAAUCAAAUCAAUCUUACAUGACCGUUGGCGUGAGAAUCCAAGGCUGCCAGAGGGCAGGGGCUGCUCUGAAUCAUACCAGGGUGGUAUAGAACCUAGGAGAUUCCAGAGGGUUGCCAUAUGUCCUCUUUUUCCAGGAUGUGUCCUCUUUUUCAUGGGUAGAGUUGUCAUAGUUAUAAGUAAAGGUAAAGGUAAAGGUACCUCUGACCGUUAGGUCCAGUCGUGGACGACUCUGGGGUUGAACGCUCAUCUUGCUCUAUAGGCCGAGGGAGCCGGCGUUUGUCCACAGACAGCAUCCAGGUCAUGUGGCCAGCAUGACUAAGCCACUUCUGGCGAACCAGAGCAGCGCACGGAAACGCCAUUUACCUUCCCGCCAGAGCAGUACCUAUUUAUCUACUUGUACUUUGAUGUGCUUUCGAACUUCUAGGUUGGCAGGAGCUGGGACCGAACAACGGGAGCUCACCCCGUCGUGGGGAUUCGAACUGCCGACCUUCCGAUUGGCAAGCCCUAGGCUCUGUGGUUUAGUAGCACAAUCUCUGUUGGGUGUGGGUCCAUGAGAUAUCUCUCAAAAGCACUUAAAUCUAGCAUCUAGUAUGGCGACUCGGGGUAUCCACUAAGCCAAAUAAGAAAGGGAUUUUUGCCCAAUACACAGGAGAGAAACCACACUGGGACUCCCAAUCGACUUGACUGGGCACUGGAGGAGGAGGGCUUGGAAUAUAACAGUCCAAUUCUUACAGAGCCCAUAUUUAGUUCUUCAUAGGUCUGAUAAGUUAAGCAUGUGCCCAAAUAUAAUAUUUUGUCAGGAGAACCCUGGGUUAUCAUGGAAUCUGGUGAAAGUCAAUGGGAUGAAGGAGGGGGUGUAGAAUAACAGGCAUUGUGGAAGAGAAGAAAGGCUCAUCAACUUCUGCUUUUGUGCUGCGUUGUACUUUCUGUAGGGGGAUCCUUCCAGAACACAAGCCUGAGCUUCAGAGAGUUCUAGAAGCCAGAAGAAUCAAGCAGCUGAAGCAGCAGGAAGAAACCCAAAAGCCCUUGACAGAUCUGGAAGAAGAGCUAAGAAAACGACAGCAGAAGCUUGACCAGGUCUUUACCAUCCGUUCCCCAGUUAGUUUUUCUGGAUGUAUCACAACAUCAAGUUUGUCUUAUAACCUCCUUCAUCCUACUGUGAUCAGUCCAUAUUAUUAAUCCCUAACACACACCCAGCUCAUCAAGGCUUAUUUGUCUUCCUAGCAAAAACAGCAUCUAAUCACAAAGAAUCCAUUUUACCCCCACAGAGAUACAAUUCCCAGCACCCUUAAACUACAGUUCCCAGGAUUGUAUAGAACCCUUCUCCCUUGUGGCAGCCUUCCCCUCAGGUGUGACCAGCAUCUCCUCUCUCAGUUCCUUCUCCAUCGUUCAUCUUCAGAAGUAAAGAUAGCCAGUUCUCCUUCCAGGCCCAAACACACACACAGUUUUGAUAUUACGCAGACCCUGUCCUCCAAGCACCUCUUCCCUUCUGGUAAGCAGAUAUUGCUGUGUUUUUACUGUUUCAAAAACAUACCAAAUCAGUUUUAAUCAGAAGUGACAAUGGGACACAAAGGUGGAGAGCAAGUAUAGAACCCACUAAGGAAGAAAGGAAGUGUAAAACGUUUGAAUAUGCUGAACUGGCUGGUCUGACGAACAGGAUAAGAAAAAAUGAAGAUAAGGAAUACAAGGAGGAAUGGACAAUGUUUACUGAAUAUGUUAAGAACCAAUAUAAGCAAAAACAUAGCUUAGCAGGUCUCAACUAAAUCCAGCAGAGUUGAAAUAGAGUAUUUAAUAGAUAACAAAUUGGAUGAUUAAAAAGAUGCGUAUUAAGCGGAGUAGUAGAAAAGCAAAGGAACCAGGAAAAGGGUGGAAGGGAAGUCAUAUGGUGUGUGUGUGUGUAUACACACACACACACACACACACACACACACACACACGUUGUAAGUGGGACAGGGGGAGGGGAGGGAGUUAAAUAUGCUGUUUUUGAAAAUGCAAAAAAUAAAAUAAUAAAAAGAAGUGACAAUGGGACAAAAGCUGUGUGUGUGUGUGUGUGUGUGUGUGUGUGUGUGUGUGUGUAAACCAUGGGGAGCAAUGCCUCCCUCAAGCAUUUUCAGUCCUAUCAAAAUUGCUGCUAAAUCCAGUGUCAAUGAAGCUCAGGUGUGAGUGUACGACUUUCAUUUAAUCAAACAAUAGGGGCGUUGGUUUUGCAAUAGCCUGCAUCCUCAUAUUUGUGCAGAAUUGUCUCUCUGGCUAGAACCAAUGAAAAGAUGUUGAACAUUUUCCCUCCUUUACAGUAUGAAAGGGAGCUGGUCUUGAAGGGCGAGCAAGAUGGCCGGCCUGAGUUCAUCCUUGUCAAAGAGAGCCUGAGGAAGAUAAAGCUGUCUACAGAAACGGACAUCAGGCAGACAUGA